UGUCUCCUUUUGGGGUGAUUGUCGUCAUUUGAUCUUCUGUUAGCCACGAUGACUGGUUGGGAAACGUGGAAUCCAUACGAUCUGAUGCAUGUACAUAGCGCGGCACAUUGUGCUGAUCUUGUCAUUUCCUUUCUGCAUUUUUGUUACCGUUCCGUGUCUCGGUAUCUGGUUCGUCCCUUCGUCCAUGGGGCCAUGGGGUCAUGCCAUUGGCUUGCCUUGGACAGGUAGGUGUUCAUGGAGGGGGUGUACGGUGUUAGUUCUUAGGGCUGGCAAUGAAUUGUUUCUACUGUUGAAUGUUGAUAGGUAUGCACGGAGUAUUAUCGGUCGUACGCAGGCGGUUUAUUAUUAUCAUGAUACGACUAUCCCCGCUCGGGUUGAAUCUAGAUAAUAUUUCCUAGUGGGCAGUGAGACCAUCGGGCUAUUCAACCCGGCAGCACUGUCAUAUACCCCGGUAUGCAGUACAAAGUCCAGUUACC